CCAUCUAGCAGCAGACCGGCAGCACGGACACUGCAGUCUUUGAAGUCUGGACCUCAACUGUCUCUCUCUCUGUGUAGUAUGUGUGUUUUCACUCCGCGGCCAUGAGAUUCUCCGCAGCGUUUUUGGUGAUUUUGUCCGGCGUGGGACUUGCUGUGUGUAAAAUCUCGUCGUUGUGUCCCAGCGGACAGUUUGUGCUGAAAAUCAGUGUGUCCUCUGUCAUCCCACCUGCACUGAGUGCGACGGCCACGAGCUCUUUGAAUGCACUACCUGUGGAGUCGAUGAAGACGGACAGGAACGUUUCCUCCACCAAGGCCGCUGUCGCACACACUGCCCCCGGGGACUGUUUCCCGAUAGGGACCACUAUGCCUGCCUGCCCUGCACAGCCAACUGUGAACUCUGCACAGAUGGCAACAUAUGUGCCAAAUGUCAGGAACACUACAAACUCCACAAUGGGGUUUGCCAAAUGGUUUCUUGCACCACAGGGCAGAUGCAGGAUCCUUACACAGGAGAGUGCAUAGACUGUGAAAUGGGCUGCAAAACAUGUUCCACAGAAGACCCUGAAAUCUGCAAGAGCUGCGUUGAAGGUUACUUUCUUUUCAGACACCAGUGUCGCAGGCACUGUCCUCAGAGUACCUAUGAAGACCGGGGAAGAGCUGUGUGUCUGUCCUGUCCAACACCAUGCACUGACUGCAGGAGUAAUACACAUUGCCUUGCUUGCCAACCUGGCUACUUCCUCAAUGGAGGAGAAUGUGUUAAAGAGUGUCCACAGCAAAGCUUCAGUGACUCCAUCGGGUGGCGCUGUCAAUCAUGUCACAGUUCAUGCCAGACGUGCCACGGACCAAGGUCAACAGACUGUGAUCUGUGUCGUGGUGGGAACCCGACUCUGCAUGGACAGUGCCCUUUGGUCAACUGCCCAAAGGGGCAGUACUAUGAUGGAAAACACAGUGAAUGUCACUCAUGUGACUCAUCCUGUAAGACUUGCUUUGGCCCACAAGCUCUGGAUUGCUCUUCGUGUUUCAAAGGAUAUUUCCUGGAUCAAGACGGUUCUUGUGUGGUUCAGUGUCCACAAGGCUCCUUCGCUAACUCUGCCACUCAGCUGUGUGAGAACUGCUCACCAAACUGUGAGGCCUGCGUGGACACCAGUGACAACUGCAUCAGCUGCUCCAAAGGCAGUUAUAAACUCUUUCUCCACCAGGGGACGUGCUGGUCAAACUGUCCAGAGGGUUUCUUUGAGAGCACAGAGGGGUCAUGUGAAGCCUGUGAUAGCUCCUGUGUGACAUGUGAUGGGACAAAGACCCAGUGUCUGUCAUGUGCUGAUGGCUACUUCCUGGAGAAUGGCUUGUGCAGACUCAACUGUUCCCUGCGGACAUAUCCUGCUGAUGACGGCACCUGCAGACGCUGUCCUCCCCAUUGUGAUGUUUGCUCAGAUGACAGGACCUGUUUCAAGUGCAGCUUCCUCUACCUGAUGCUGAACGGUGUGUGCAAGGCAAGUUGUCCCAGGGGCUAUUAUGAAGACUUUGAGGAUGGUCACUGUGGUCAGUGUCACCCUACCUGUGACAGUUGCUCAGGGCGUUUGGCAGAUGACUGUGAGAGCUGUUCGAAUUUCAGCCCCAAGCUGUACAAGGGAACGUGCUCCAAAGACUGUCCCAGCGGCACGUACUAUGAGACUUUAGCCUUGGAAUGUCAAGAGUGCCACCAGACGUGUGCCAGCUGCUUAGGCCCAGAAGCCAACCAGUGCACACAGUGUGAGAAGGGACUGGUCUUGGAUCCAAACACGCUGUUGUGUGGAGUCACAGGUGACACAGAUUGCCCAACGAGGACCUACCUGCACAGCGACCAGUUCAGCUGCAGGGAUUGUCACCAGAGCUGUUAUUCCUGUGAUGGACCGGGACACAAGGAAUGCAAGACCUGUGUCAUCCCCAGAUACCUUCACAACAGCACCUGUGUGAGUGAGUGUCCAGCCGGUACAUACAACACUAAACAACAAGCUGAUGGAACAGAGCUGGGCUUUUGUUUGCCUUGUGACCAUGUCUGUUCCACCUGCACUGGGGCAUCACCUAAAGAUUGCCUCACCUGUUCUCCAGGAUACCUGCUUCUCUUUCAACUCUGUGUCACACAUUGUCCAACAGGAUUUUACAAAGAGGGUUCCCACUGUGAGAAAUGCGAUCUGUCCUGUGAGCAGUGUUCAGGUCCGGGACCUGAGUCCUGCAGAGCCUGUCCACCUUCUCUUUUGGAGCUACAAGGCACAAAAAUGUGUAUUGAGCGCUGCCCAGAUCGCUUCUAUCAGCUCAGAGAUAUCUGCAAACAGUGCCACACCAGCUGUCAGACCUGCACAGAUGCUUCUCCUCAGAGCUGUUUAACAUGUGACUGGGGUAGCACUUUCAAGGACAAAGUUUGUUAUCCACGCUGUGAGGAGGGAAGAUACUUCUCAGAAAGGGAAACCUGUGAGCCAUGUCACACCUCAUGCAGUCACUGUUUUGGCUCCAGAGCUGAUGAGUGUCUGACUUGUCCACAUGAUUUUGCUCUUCAUGCUGUGGAGAACCGCUGUGCCCGUUGCUGUCAGGAGGCAGGGAAUGACACCGAGUGCUGUGUUUGCGACAGUCGAUCAGCUCUAUGUGUGGAGAACCCCAAACCCAAGUCAGGUGACAACCAGGCAGAUCUUAAUAUGUCAUCUGGAGCUCCGAAGCACACCUCUGCGGCCUUGCCUGUUGCACUGCUGUUGGCACUAGCAUUGGCUCUGACUGUAUUUGUCUUGCUCAAGGCCCAUGCCAGGAAGAGGCUUUGUUGGAACCAAAGCUAUGAGAGACUGAGUGGCAGUGCCAGCACCAGUAUGCCUCAUGGUGUGCCUGAGCCUGACAGUGGAGAUGAGGUGGACGUAGUGUACACCAGCAGAGGUGGAUCUGUAUAUCGACGCUACAGUUUCAUCCAUGAGCAGGACACAGAUGGAGACCAGGAUUUAGAUGAGAGCGCAUGUCUAAACCACCCAUGAGGGUGCAGUUAGGAGGGUAUACUGAGCAAAACCUCAAGUGCAGAGGUCUCAAACUGAUUCCAGAAAGGCCAAGAUGGUGCAGGUUUUCUUUACAACCACCCACUCCAUGAUUUCACUGAUUAACUGAUUCCAUUUGCUCGAAGUGAUGUUAAUCUGUGAACUUGGCCCUUUCUGGAAUCAGCCUGAGACCACUGUGGUCAGAGAGCACAGCAACUCCACAACCACAUGUUAAAGAAUUGGACAAGCAAAGAAAACAUGGGCUUUUGCAAAGUCAAGGUCCAUUUUCUUACAUAUUUUCAUGGGUUUGACUUUAACCUCUGACUUUGAUCAUUGACGGAUCCUAACCAAAAUCACAUGACUCCUCCUUACUCAUAGACUUAAUGUACGUGCCAAGAUCGAACAA